AUGGCGACCGUGAUCCUUCACCACCUCAACAACUCGCGCUCCCAGCGCAUCAUCUGGUUCCUCGAGGAGCUGGGUGUCAACUACGAAAUCAAAAAGUACAUGCGUGGGCCUGACAAGCUCGCUCCCAAGGAGCUGCGCGAGGUUCAUCCCCUUGGCAAGAGCCCCGUCAUCACCGAUGGCGACCUUACGAUUGCCGAGUCCGGCGCAAUUGUCGAGUAUCUUGGUGAAAAAUACGGCAAUGGCAAGUUCGUCCCAACCCAAGGCACCCGCCAAUACUACGACUACAAGUACUGGCUCCACUUUGCCGAGGGCUCGAUGAUGCCGCCGCUGGUGAUGUCGCUGGUCUUCUCGGAGAUCGAGCGCCGGUCGCCCUGGCUGGUGUCGCCCAUCACCCGGGCCAUCAGCAACACCAUCCAUGACUCGCUCAUCAUCCCUGGCAUCACCAACCAGCUCGGAUUCAUCGAGCAGCACCUCUCCAAGAACGCCUGGUUUGCUGGCGACGAUAUUUCGGGGGCCGACAUUCAGAUGAGCUUCCCCGUCGAGGCCGUCCUGAAGAGCGAUCGCGGCAACGGUCGCCUGGCUGCCCUCGUUGGACCCAACACCAAAGCCUGGAUGGAAAAGAUCCAUGCUCGUCCGGCCUACAAGCGGGGUCUGGAGAAGGGUGGUGAAUAUGCCUAUGCCUAG